AUGGUGACGAAAAGCAAGCUCAAGAUGGCACUGGCUGCCGAGAAGGGGGUCGAUUUUGCAAAGCUCAAGCAGCAAAAGAAGGCGAAGGAAGCAGCCAAGCGAAAGGCUCACAAAGCAAGCGACAAGAAGCCGGAGAGCGAGGAUGGGGACGCUUUGGACGAAACACAUGAGGCGACUGCAGACGACCAAGAAAAGAUGAACCUCGAUGCCAUCUACGAGAGCGACACCUCUGAAUCAUCAAUUGAGAUGGAGGCGAGACUGCCACGAAAAGCAAAGUCCGACCAGAGCAAAAACCCAAAACAGGAGGAGGAGGCCAAUGACGGCCAGGGGGAUGACGAGAGCGACGACGAGGAAAUUCCCGUCUCCGACCUCGAAGACCUCGAAGAAGAAGAGAGAGAAGAUAUUGUCCCACACACACGACUGACCAUCAACAACACGUCGGCUCUCCUUGCAGCGCUCGACAGGAUAUCGAUCCCGACGGACAAUAGUGUUCCAUUUGCUACCCACCAGUCCGUUGUCUCUUCUGCGCAGACCUCAGAAUCCAUACCCGAUGUCUCGGAUGACUUGCAACGAGAGCUCGCCUUCUACUCACAAUGCCUGGAGGCCGUGCGCCAGGGCCGAUCUCGCCUGAUCCGGGAAGGCGUACCGUUCUCGCGCCCCAAGGAUUACUUUGCCGAGAUGGUCAAGGAGGAUGCCCACAUGGAGAAGAUCAAGGCGAAGUUGAUCGAGGAAGCGUCCGCUAAGAAAGCGGCAGCUGAAGCGCGCAAGCUGCGUGACUUGAAGAAGUUUGGCAAGCAGGUGCAGGUUUCCAAGCUCCAAGAGCGGCAAAAGGCCAAGCGUGAGGUGCUGGACAAGAUCAAGACGCUCAAGAGAAAACGCCAGGAACACAGCUCCGACGUCGGCACAAAGGAAGCCGACAUCUUUGACGUGAGCGUGGACAAUGAAAUCGCCAAGCACUCGCAGCGCUCGGGAGCUGGUCGACAACAGUCGGGGGCUCGUACCCCGAACGUCAAGCGCCAGAAGAAGAAUGAAAAGUAUGGCUUUGGAGGCAAGAAGCGCCACGCAAAGUCGGGAGAUGCCCUCAGCUCCGGUGAUCUCUCCAGGUUCAACGUCAAGAAGAUGAAGGGCAAGGCAUCGCGUCCGGGCAAGAGCAGGAGAAAGGCUGCCGCGUCCAAAUAA